AUGAAGACACAACAUACAAAAAGUCUGAAAGUAACAAACAGAAAUGAACAUUUAACUGCAAUCAAAGAUGGGACAGAGAUAAGACGUUAUGUUAGAAUUCAGGUUAUUGGUAAAGAAGGAGUUGGCAAGUCAAGUCUUGUACGUAGAUUAGUUGGAGGUUCUAUUAUGAAGUUAAACAGCACGGAUGGAAUCGAUAUCGUUAAAAAAUGUCAAAUAAGAACAACUGAUGGUGAAUGGGUAAUUGGAAAAGUUGAAACAGAGAGGAAUAAAAUAAUGAGAAGGAUACAAGAGGCUGUUCGUAAUGAACCAAAGCAAAGCGAACCAGUUUCUGAUCAAGUAAUUCCUAGUGGAGGAGAGAACAACGAAACAGAAGCAAUUACUUCAAAUGAAUCGUUGUCUAAAUUUGAAAGAAAACAAGGAAAUCAACCCCCUACUAAAGAUCAACUAAGUAUAGCGUCACCAGGUUCAAAUACAGAGGCAAAUGCAUUGACAGGUGAAAUCAAAGUCAACAUAGGAGACAAUGUUACCAUCGUUGCAGAAAAGUCUAUAAUUGACAUACCUAACGAAAAUGAUGGUGUUGUAUCAAAAGAUAUUAAAAAAGCCGAAGAUUUGGUAAAAACUGACGAUAUGAUGAAAAAGAUUACCGAUCAAAUGGACAAAAUUCUUUUAGAAAUCCAAAAAGAUAAAGACAAAAUGACAUCUGAGAGUUUAGUAGAAUGUGGUAUUUGGGAUUUUGCAGGCCAGAAAGACUAUUAUGCCACACAUCAAACGUUUUUAAAUCCACAUGCUAUCUAUCUUCUUGUUACAAAUAUAUUGGAUGACUUAACAACUAUAGAAAAUGAGACAGACUUUGAUUCAGUUGAAGAAUACAUUGACUUUUGGUUUGACAGUAUUCAUUGUUUAGAUACAAGUUCUUCAGAUAUAAGGCCAAAUAUACCAAAGGGGUAUUCAAAACAUAGAUUAUAUCCUCCAGUCAUUGUAGUAUGCACUCAUAUUGAUGAGUACAAAACAAUUGAAGAGUUUGAAAAGAGGAGAAAAGAAUACAUCGAAAGAUUUGAAGAAAUUUUUGGAGGUCAAGAUAAAGCUAAUCACAAUAGAGGCAUCUACUUUAUUUCUAACACAGAAUUUCUUGAACGCGACUGUAAAAACUUGAAAGACAAAAUUUAUGAAGUUGCAAAUGAGACGAUGUUUUUCGAGGAAGAGCUCCCCACGCAGUGGAUUCAACUAGAAAAUGCGUUAAGCGUGUUAAAACACGAAUCGAAACAGAAUAUUUUGUCAUUUCAGAAUUUUGUGGAAUUAUCCCAAAUAACUUUCAUCAAAGAAGAAGAACUUCUUCCUUUCCUUACUUACCAACAUAAAAUUGGGAACAUUAUUUUUUUCGAGGACAUUAAUGAGUACAUCAUUUUACAGCCAGAGUGGUUGGUUAAAUGUUUCAGGUGCCUAGUAUGCGAUGACCAUGAAUUCAAACGAAAUCAUGCAAUAGUAAACUCGACUGACUGGCAACAUCUGCAAAAUACAGGACAGUUAUCAGAUGACAUAAUUGAUAGGUUUUUUGAAAAAGAACCAGAGUUAGAGUUUGGAAAAUAUAAAACUCAUAUACUUCAUGUAAUGGAAAAAUUUGAUAUUUUAGUAAAACCCAAGUUUAAAGAUACCAAGGACGAGUCUAGUCUUAUACCAAAUUCAUAUUAUAUGCCAUGUAUGAUUAAACAGCAAUCGACUUCUCUCGAUAUUAUUAAGAACAUGUUUGAAGGUGAAAAGAGUAGUUUUAGUUUUUCACCAUGGUUGAUACUUGAAUUUAAAUUUCUCCCCCUGGCUUAUUUCAAUCAUAUUCUAUUCUAUUAUAUUACAAGAUAUAAAGUCUGUGAGAAAGCGGGACAGAAAACGUUAUACAGAGGAAAGACAUUGGUCAAUUUAGAUAAAACCGGACUCAGAAAGUUAUGUAUCUGUUUCUCAAAGAAUGCCAUAGCCUUCCAGGUAUGGAAAUUAACUGAUGUGGAGGAUAACAUAUAUAGCACCAUUUUAGAAGAGCUAUGUAAAAAAAUUGAGGAGUUAAAGGAAAGAUUAAGACAGAGCAUAUCUUACGAUAUAAAAGCAAAAUGUAGCAAUGGUGACUACUCUAAUAAAGAAGGCAGAAUUACCUUUAAAGAACUUUGUGAAAUGUGUGAAAAUGGACACUACUUGUGUACUGAACAUAAUGAAAAGCAUAGAAAAGACGACGUAGAGAAAACCUGGUUACAACAUGCUGAAAUAAGUAGAAUUGGUAUACAAUGUAUUUCUCUUUAUUGA